AGCAUAUUUCCUUUUUUUAAAAAAAAUAAAAAUUCUAUAACUAUAAUUAAAAUAUCUAUACUAUUUGUUAAAAUCAAUUGAUUAAAUCAGACAAGAUUAAUUGAACCUCAACACCAUAAGUGACAAGUCUCAAAUCCUUUCUUUCUGGUAAUUUGUUGCGUAGGCCUUCCACUAAUUAUUGAAAGUAUGUUCAUCUCUAACUCAAUUACUUCAUUUAUUUUCUCUCCUUUUCCUUUUGCAUGUUGUUCCUAAAUUAAUCCAUACAUUAGGAUAUAUUUUUACUAAAAGAAAAAGGGAGAAAAAUCAAAGAAAAAAAGGAGCUACCAUAAUUUAAUUUCUUUAGGGAUUUUAUGAUUUUGGACUUCCAUAAAAAAAUCAAGAAAAAGAGAUAUAAGAAGAUUGCAGAUUGCUAACAAUGGGAGGAAGGCUGAAUUUGCGUCAUUUGGCUAAUCAUUAUAGGACGGAAAACAAUUCAGGGCUUUAUCCAUCUGCGCCACAACAACAGCCUGUUGAAUCUCUGCAGCCUAGUCGUCCCUCGCCUUCCAUUCCUGCUGCUCCAACUCAGCCACCGCGACAGUCUGUCCAACACAAACAGCCGAGCGAUAGUACAACUAGUCACACGCCUUCAUCAUCGUUUCAAACUCAGCCAACAACAGAGCCUGUACUAAUUGGAGGUAUGAUAUUAGAUAUAAAUGUCACUCCUACUACACUUGACCCGUUAGUAAUUGAGCCUAUGGAGGAGUCGGAUAAUACAAUUCCUGGAAAUAUUACCUAUGCAUCGGGCGGUCAGGCAAGGAAUGUUGCUGAUUGUAUGUCAAAGCUUACAGCAAAACCGUUCUUGAUAAGCGUUGUUGGACAUGACAUGGCAGGAAAUUUCCUAUUCGAUAACUGGAAAUCUACUGGAUUAUCCGAUCAGGGUAUUCUGAGAGGGCAAAAUAUUGCUUCGGCUGCCAUUUGCAAUAUCUUUGAUGGGCAAGGUGAACUGACCGCUGCUGUGGCUAGUGUUGAACCAAUUGAAAAGUAUCUCACACCAGAUUGGAUUGAAAAUUUCAAGAGCAAAAUAAGUUCUGCUCCAAUUUUGAUGGUUGAUGCAAAUUUGAGUGCUCUUUCUCUUGAAGCAUCUUGUCAAAUGGCCGCGGAAUCUGAUACACCUGUCUGGUUUAUGCCUGUAUCAGUGACCAAAUCUAGAAAAAUUGCUCCAGUGGUCCACAAUGUGAGUUUUGUCUCAGCCACAGAAGAUGAACUUAUAGCAAUGGCAAAUGCUAUAUCGGGCGGAGAAGCUUAUGCGCCAGCUCGGAGAGUUAGUAGUCGUCCAGUGGAAUCAUUUUUCGAAAUGCUUAAACCUGCUAUUUGGCUUUUGUUAGACAAAGGUGUUAAGGUAAUUGUGAUUACAAUUGGACCAGAUGGAGUAUUCUUAUGCUCCAAAUCGAAGUCCGAUCUCGAACAGAGACUUGAUAUUAAGGGAAACCAACCUCCUUUCAGUAAAGAGUUAUGUGAAGCUGUUGAUAGAACUUGCCCAACGGGGCGGGUCUCAGGCUCUUCAAGGUACACAUUGUUCUCAUCAGACUUUUAUGCGGUCCAUAUUCCUGCUCUUUCUGUAUUAGCAGUGAGUGUUGAUGGUGCCGCGGAAUGCUUGGUUGGUGGGACUAUAGCUGCUUUAUGUGGUGGUUUAGAUGUCAUGCAAAGUGUAGCAGUCGGGACUGCAACUGCUAAAUUUUCUCUUGAAAUAGAAAGCAAUGUGCCAAGAGAGUUUUCCUUGGACAAAGUCGCAGUUGGUGCAGGGUAUUUGUACUCUAGAAUGUCGACAUCAAUUGGACCACUGACUAACCAAACCCAAGAUCAUGCCGCCCGGCCAACACAAAACAAAAGAAACAAUCUGCUGUUAUACCAAUCAAACAAGUGAAGUAUCGCACCCGCAAGAGCCAAUGUACAUACACGGAAGGUAAUGAGAAGUAAACUCCCUCCCAACUGAAGCAAUUCACGAGGACGAAACUGAAGUAGAGGAGGAAGAUGCGUCCCGUAGCUUUCGUUGAAAUUAAGUCAUGAGUUAUACCUUUUGCAUUUUUGUUGUACUGUAACUUUAUCCCCCAAUUUUCCUAGCUAGCUUUAGUAUAUUCAAUAUUGAUGCAAUCUUGCCAGUAUGAUUUGCCCACAUAAACAAUUGGAGUUUCUUCUGGUUAUUAGCACUUUAAGAUGGUCAUAGCAUUAUCAGUUCGACUUCUUUUCUUGACAAUUUGUAAUCUCUGCUGAACUUCAUUACCUCACAUUGUUGUGUUUAGUCUAAUUGUUACCACUAAUUACAAAGUUCUCAGAGAUAUACAUACUCUAUAAAGUGAUUUCCACAUUCUUAUAUAUGUAGUUUAUCAA